AUGUCAACGAACUAUUUCCGCAUAACCCUCCUACGCUCUGCCAUCGGCUUGCCAACCAAAGUCGGAGGUGUCUUAAGAGCCCUAGGUCUCCGAAAGCGCAUGGCAACAGUCUAUCAUCCAGUCACGCCCGCGACUGCUGGUCAAAUCUUCGCGGUGAAAGAGUUGGUAGAAGUUCAAGAAGUCGACAAGGCCCUGACGCCGAAAGAGAUGAAGGAUUUACGGCGACCCGAGACUGGAUACUACGUGGAAACUCGGGUUCAGGACCUUCGAGCUGCGAACAAAGCGCAGUAA